ACAAGCCCUGGAAGGCCUAUCUGAAGUGGAUCAAGGAAACGCCAAACAAAGUGCCGAUAGGUGCUGAAGCUGAGGCAAUGGGACAGUUUGCCCUUGUUCUCCAAUCUCAGCAAUACACAAAAGGUAUUGCGGACGAUGGUAGUGACGACAAUAAAGUGGACUUCAGCCCCAUUCUCACCAGGAGUCGAGCCCUUCAGUCCGGUUCGUCAAUUAGCCCACAGACCCCGGCCACUCCGACCCCUGUGCGUCCCAGUCAAGCAGCACUCGCUAGAUCCCCAGGUGGUAUGGAUAUUGACGACUUGGAUGAAUUUUCUCCAUCCACGUCCUCAGUCGACCAACCUUCGCCCAUGACUGGCGAGGCGGCAAGACAAGAGAGCAAGAUAAAGAGUGAACAAGAAGUGGUCUUCUCUCUUGUCCUACUCAAAAGAUCCGUGUGCAAUCCUUAUGGGCAGGCUACGCGCAUAUCAUGGCAUCCCCAUCAAGACGUGUUUGUGGCCAAAAACAGGAACGGCGAAAAGACAUUCGUUGCCAUUGUGGAUACAGUCAUGCGUGUUCAAGAUAGCAUGCGUUCCCCGUCAUUCGGCGAAACAAAAAAGGUGCUUCGUUACGCUGCUCUUAACGGUGCACCUAUCAAAGCACAAGAGGCGUGUCAGAUGGCUGCAAAGAUUGCCCAACAUCCGCCCGAGAACCUUCAAGAGAUGCGGGUCAAGAACCUGACAGCAAGAGAAACUUGGUUCGCUCAAGACAAAAACGAAGUUUACAUUAUGGUAGGGACAUAUAAGGCGGACUACGUCGACUACAUUUCCCACCGGCGGGCCAAACUUUCCUUUGCGGAAGUGCAAGAGUAUGGCCCCUACACUACCGAUAACUGGAGGCUUAUGGAAGAGCUAGGAGCUAUCAUUCUAGCCUAUGCUCUUCAACAAGCCGAUGCAAAAUGAUCGCUUGGCGUUGUUUACAGCCCUUGAGAACACGAGGCUUGUCGGCCUUGUGAUUAGGCUUGCAGCUUGAAGCUUUACGGCAGUUGCAGUUGGGGAUGGCGGGUGAUGGUUAGUACUAAGCAACAAGAACGCCACUCGGGGAAAUGUUGAGA